UAUUGCAUUAUUAUUCUAUUAUCAAACCGUGUAUCGUUUUAAUUCAAAGAAUACGAAACAGUCAAAGUUUUCGAUAGAAAAUAUUUCAAAAGUUUUGAGUUUAUUGAAAUGAUGACAUCAAUCUUAGUGAUUCAUUCAAUUCUAAUUUCCUGAACGUGUUUGAAUUCAUAAGACUCUACUCAAGAUAGAAUAGAAAAGUCGGAGAAUAAAAGAAGAAAAUCAAAUAUUAUCGAGAGAAAAAAUCUACCAAUAAUAAAUACUACAUUUCACCGAAUAAAAACAAUCCAAAUGGAAGUAGCUAGACAAUCACGUGAUCCAGACAUAUUCAAACUAACUACCGAUUGCUGUGAUGAAAUAUUCGAGUAUUUAUCCCUGAAAGACUUGCAUGCAUUCGGUCAAACGUGCAAGACGAUGCAAAAAGUGGCCGGCGUAUAUUUCAAACGAAAUUAUUCAGCGGCUCCAAAGUACAGUGGAAACGAUGGAAUCUACAUAGCUUACUCCGAUGAUAAGGGGGUCAUCAAUGAAAAUAUACCGACGUCGGGUUUCAAUCGAUACAUAACAUACAUUUCACACUAUUAUGAAAAGCUCCGACCGCUUCACUACAUUCAAUCACAUAGCGAUGAAUUCGAAUCAAUCAAUCACAUCUAUCUCGUGUGCCUAAUCAUAAACGAAGCAAGAGUGAAUUGUCUCAUGAAUCUUCUACCGAAAAUUGAAACGUUGCAAAUUCGAAAUUCAUCAGUUGAAGGACACCUAAAUGAUAUGUUACUGAAACAUUGUGCAAAUAUAAGGCGACUUUUUGUGCAAGAUUCGGAUUUAGGCAUUUUUCGGCUUCUUGACGGUGGAUGGGCGGCUCGCAUCGAAAACCAUUGGCUGCGCCAAGAAUAUCCAAAGUUGGAAUAUUUGGAAUUAAUCCCCAAAUACACAAACAAAAUUGAUGAACUCAAUGAAUUCUUCGAACGGAACCCAACUGUUCAAGCUUUUUCAACUAGUACGUUAUGUCUCUGGAAAAAUCGAAAGGAGCUUCUGAAAUCAACUGCUACAUUGGAGAUGCUGGAGGUGAAGGAGGCCAGUGAAAUGGAUAUGAUUGAUGAUGACGACGAUGAAGAAUUUACAUUGAUAGAAUUUUGUAAUUUACUGAAACAACUUCAUAGACGCCGUUUUUUUAAGCGAUUAAAUUUUUAUACGCAGAGCUGUAACGAAGAAACUAGCACUCAUUUAACGUCAUUGGGCCAUUGUCUUGAAAAGUUAUGCAUUAAAAACUUCACCAGAAGCUAUAGUUUGCCACUUUUGACCAAUUUGAAAGAGUUGGCCAUUCAAGAUGGAGCUAACUCUACUGAUAUGGACAUUCUUGCCAACAGUUUACCGAAUCUUCAACGUCUUCACAUAAAUAAGGCUAGUGUCGAUGAUAUUCAACCAUUCAUUCGUCAAUCACCGAAACUAAGGCAAAUCAAAGUUUUAUCCAAAGAUGAAGCUCAUUUCAACAGAGGCAUUUUAAAGCUGUUGACAUUGAACCAAGACCGCGAAAAAUUGGCCCAAGCACGAAAAGUCUCAAUCUACGUUCCGGAUAACAUUUUUUUGAGAACAAAGUGGAGUGUCAAUUAUGGUGAUACAAACUUGAGUUUAAUUGAAAUGAAACGGUGCGAUUCAAUCGAAUGGAAUGAUCACUAUUAAAUCAUGACUGUGGUGAUUCUAUCGCUAAACCAUUAAAUCAUUGAACGUUGCACGGUCGAACUGGAGUGCAUAGGAUGUAUUACAAUUUAGUAGGUUGGAGCGAAAAUGUAAUACAGAAAAGUUUCGCAGAAAAAUGUCGAUGAUGAAUGAGUGGAAAAGGGAUUAUAUAGUAUACUGUAUAGUCAGAGCCAUUUCUAGCUUCGCUGGCGCCCUGGUUCAAAAUCCGUUGGCGCCCUUUCAAACUGGAAUUUUUAAAAGUGUGUGAAAAAAUCUCAAAAAUGAUACAUUUGAUCCAAGUUUAUUUGAAAAGCAACAAAAAAAUGAUACAUUAAAAAGACUUAAAGAAAUGUCUUUUUUCUCGCUUUUGAAGUGGCAAAUUCUUCAAUCACGUCGUCAUAUUGAAUCGAAUUUGCUACAUCGCUUUCUAUCGAUAUGAUUGCCAGAUGAUUGAGCCUGUCUUGACCUAUUGCAUUUCUGAGAUAAGUUUUAGUUAACUUUAGCUUUGAAAACGAUCGCUCUCCCGUUGAAACAGAAACUGGGAUCGUCAGCAGAAUGCGAAGCGCAAUA